CAGUAGCACAGCGUAGACUCAACGAAAUCAUCAUCACGUGAUCCGUAUAUCCUCCGCAGACCAGGAAAAAAAUACCCGCGCCGCAACACCAACAGGUCAGGCAUUUCCCAGCAGCCAACUCCAGCUUUCAUCUGCGGUGCACCUCACCAGUCAGCCUCCACCUACCUUGCUCUAUACACAAUGCCGCCCGUCACAAUCCCCCAAUUCCUCCUCCCCCGGGGCGCUCCCUCCCCGCUCAGCCUCCGCGCCUUGAGCCGACGAACCACCUACCGCAUCACCAGCAGCACCACCCAGCGAUGCGCCUCCGAUGACAGCAAACCCCGCGUGCUGUCCAAGCCCGACAAGUUCCGUCCUCCAUCCCACCCCGCGCGCCGGGUCGUCCAAACCCGCAAUGGGAAGGUUGUCAACAGCGGUCCCAUCAACUACCCGGGGCCGAAACUGAGCGAGAAGGAGAAGGAAGAGCAGAAGCAUAGGCAGUACCCGAACAUGUUCCCGCCUGAGGGGACCGUCAUGCACAAGUUCUUGACGAACCGGUGGAUUCACAUUUGGAUUGCGAUGGGUGUACUGACCUCCCUGGCUACUUUUACAUUCACCACAAACUUCAAGCACUCGUCGCCGUUCGCUCAUCUGCUGCCGCCGUGGUCGGCGCUGCUGUCGCACCCCAUUGAUACGGUUCGGCAGGCCAUUUCGGUGUUCCGCAUGCAUGUGCAGCACAACUCGAUCGAGACGAGGGAGAAGCGUCGCAGACGGGUGGAUGAUGCUGAGAAGAGACGGCAGUAUCGGGUUGCUCAUGGUUUGGAGGAGCCUAAUGAGAAGGAUGCUGCUGGUGCUGAUGGAAAGGGGGAGGUGGCUGUGGAUGACCAGUCUCCUGUGGCGAAGGAGCAGCAGGGUGAGGAUGAUAAGAAUGUGUAUGUUGAUUGGGAGGGUAACAAGCGGCCUGUUAAGAAGUGGUUGGGGAUUUGGUGAGAGCAUCGCCUGGAGACUUUAUAGCUAGAGGCAUUACAUCGACAUCAUCAAGCAUUGUAUAUUAG